GCUCGCUGCCGCCGGCCCGGCAGGAGUUCGAGGAGGUAUCAUCGAGGGACCUGCCUGCACGGGCACCGGAAACAUUCCUGCGGGCCCCGUCUGCUAUGGCGGUUCCAUCCUCACUGAGACCUUCUCCGUCCAUGUGAUCAGCCAUGACGGCGAUGUUGGCAUUGUGGACAUGAAGGCCGUGGGGCCCCAGUCUGCCGAAUGUGAGGGAGCCCAGUUCCAGAACGACAACAACGUGAUCAGCAUCGAGAAUGACCACGGCUGUGGCUUGACGAACUAUGAGUACUCUGUGGAGUAUUGCCCGGAUCAGGAUCAUCUCAUCAUCAACCUGGUGAAGCCUUACAGCGUCCGCGUGGUGCUUGAUAGCCAAACCUGCCCUGCUGCCGGUGAG